AAAUCAAAGUGAAAUUUGAACCAUGCUCUUGAUUGCCGGCCUAAAAAAUUAAAAAAGCAAAAAAGAUUAAUAAGUUGAAAAAAAAUAAAAAACAUAGAAAUCUAAAUAUUUCAGCUAAUUUAAGAAAAGUAUAAUAAUAUAACAAAUUGAGGCACAAGAAUGAUGGACAAAAGUGGUGGGAUUACAUGCAAAAAGGAAAUUUUAGGAAGAAGAUUGGAAAAGAAGAAGAAAGAAAAGACUCAAUUGAAGAAAUCAAAACACCCUAAGCCCGCGCCCCAGGCCCUGCUUGCUGCGCCUCAUGCUCCCUGCUCUGCGCCUCACGCCCUGCGCCCUGCGCGCCGCGCCUCGAACCCAGGUCCCCUGCACGCCCGAGCCUCGCCUCUGCACCAGCCUGCGCCCGACGUGCCUCCUGCGCCCAGAUCCCGCGCAAUCAUCACUCCUGCACCUGCUGCUGCGCUGAGCUCAGAUCCUCUGCCAUGCACGCUGCAUCACACCCUGCACGCCCGUGCCUUGCACUCUGCUACACCUGCACUUGAUCCUGCACUCCUGCUUCUGCCAAAAAGCUGGAUCCUUUGCCUUCUGCGGCCCCCUGCAUGUUGCUGCCAAUCCUGCGCGCCUACAUGCCUAGAUUUGCACUCAUCACCCCUCCUCUGCCAGAGCCGAUCCUGCACUCAUUACUCGCCUGCGCCCCUGUUGCAGCCUGAUCCUCUGUACCGCUGCAACCCAAUCUUGCAACCCGAUCUUGUACCUACUCUGAUCGUCUGUUCUCCUUGUCUCAUUUUUCUGCAAGUGUGGGUAUAAAUAGAGGGUGUCCUUGGUUGACAGGGGGAGUCGGUAAUUGUGGAGUUUUGGAGUUUGCUUUGGUUGGAGUUUGGAGUUUGAUUGGGGGUUGGUUUUGGGUUGAAUUUGGGUCUGUUUGCUGGGUAGUCUCGUCUGAGUUUUUGAGAGCAGAAGAAGGAAAUUCUGAGGAGAAGAGGGGGGUCUUUUGCUGGUUGAUCUUCGAGUUUAGUUUGAAAAGAAGAUCGAUUCUGCUCGCUGGAGGUGGGAAAACAAAAGGGUAUUCUUGCUUUAGGUAAUCUCCUGAACAGAGGGAUUUCUGGGAAGGAUAGUGAAGGAGACGAACGGAACCUGGUCCCGUGGGUGGGAUCCCUCCCUUCCGAUCUGGAUCUACCUCCUAAAAAUUCCGCCAUGGGUGUUUUUGUUAUUUUCUGUUGAUUUUGUUUAGAUCUGUGUUUAAGUUUGUAUGUGUUUCGUUGGAAAAUGAAUGAAAAAUAAAAAAAAAAUAAAAAUUGUUCAGUUCA